UAAUUAUUUAACACCCUCACUGCAAUUACCAGAUGUCAAUUCAUCAUCGAUAAAUGAGUCCGUUGGAAAUCAUUCUACUGAGGCAAAAUGGCAACAUCUAUGUCCAUACAUGCAGUAUAAAUGUAACGAGCUACCUGGUUAUUGUCUCACUUGUAAUUUCAAUACAUCAUGUGUAUAUGGCAUGGUAACUAACGUUACUUGUUCCCCCCGUCGUGGAGUUUACUGUAAAGAUCCAGACAUUGAAAAUAAAAGCAAUCAUGUCUCGACAACUGAUUCCCCACAGUCUUCCUAUUACCCCACGGACUAUACAGACUGUCUUAUUCAGAAGUCAAUUAUUUGUCGUUAUUGUCAUCAGUUGGAUGAUUCUGAAAUUGUUUGUAUUGGCCGUACUAAUUGUCGCCAACCAAAUGUAGCUCGAAGUUUUUAUGAAACAAAGUGUGAACCGCUUCCACAUGUUUUAUGUUUAGGAAGAAGGGUCUUCAGGCGCAUGGUACCAUGUGAUUGGUCUUCUGGUAAAAGCUAUGCAUUAACUGUUAUCUUAAGUUUAUUUUUUGGAGGUUUAGGUGUUGAUCGAUUUUAUCUAGGUAUGUGGAUCGAAGGACUGGGCAAAUUGUUCAGUUUUGGUGGUCUUGGUUUAUGGAGUAUUGUUGACUUCAUUUUAAUAGUGUCUGGUUAUAUAAAGCCACCUGGAGAUGCUGUAUAUUGGUGAUUAGUAACCAGAUAGAUAUAUCAUAAUGGGUUGUUCUGUGGACUUGUAUUGGCUUGGUAACUGUAAUGUAACAACUAGUUUACACUUUAUUUCUUUCCUCGUACAAUUGUACUGUACUCUUCUCUUGCUGUCAUGAUGAUGAUUAAUUUUUGAUUUUUGUACAUAAUAUUCAGAUUUUUUGUUUUAGAUUUCCAGUUUAACAUAAUUUCAAUUCUUUGUUGUCGUUAUUUUUAACUG